UCGCUACUCAGUGUCCUUUCUUCAUACAUUCAUUCAUUUUUUUUUUUCCUUCGUUUGUAAAGUCUAAUGGAUCCUCCUCUCAGCCCCAGCACCUUCUCUAACAGCUUAAAGAGGGAGUCAUGGAGGUAUACACUCCUUUUAUCCUUCCAAAGCAUUGGAAUCGUUUAUGGUCGUCUGAGUACCGCUCCUUUAUAUGUCUUUGGGACACUUUUUACAAAAGGGGAUCGUCCUUCACAUGCUUUCAAAUCAGAGGAGACUGUAUAUGAACUCUUCUCCUUUAUUUUCUGGACUCUGACCGUUGUUUCAUUACUGAAGUAUGUCCUCAUUGUUUUGAAGGCUGAUGAUGAUGGAGAAGGUGGUCCUUUUGCUUUAUACUCAUUAUUAUGUAGGCACGCUAAAGUUGGACUGCUUCCCAAUGACAAGAGUGUCAAUGAGGUCACGAGCUAUGAUGUGGGAAGCCCAUUUAGGAUCAAGGUUGAAUCUAGAGCUAGAAGGGCCAUUCAAAAACAUAAGAGUAGCCACUAUCUAAUGCUGUUUCUGGCACUCUUCGGUUCAUGUAUGAUGAUUGGUGAUGGGGUGCUCACUCCAGCUAUUUCUGUGUUAUCAGCUUCACAAGGUCUUCAACGAUCAUUGUCAGAUAUGGCGCCUAUAUUUUCUUCUUCACCUGAUAAACAGGAGGAAUUAUCAGAUCAGUUUAAGAAAUAUGUACCAGUUCCCUUUGCAUGUGCUAUACUGGUAUGCCUUUUCACGCUGCAGCAUUAUGGAACCCAUAAAAUCGGGUUCAUUUUCGCUCCGGUUGUUAUUUUGUGGCUCUUUUUUAUCGGCGGAGUGGGUUUCUACAAUAUUCUCGUCUGGAACCCGCACAUCUUUUGUGCAAUCUCCCCAACAUACGUGUAUAGAUUUGUAAAAAAUAUUGACAAAGAUAGUUGGAGCUCAUUGGGCAGUAUUCUACUUUGUGUUGCAGGAUCAGAGUCAAUGUUUGCGGAUGUAGGUCAUUUCUCAAAGAAAUCAAUUGAGAUGACAUUUGUCAGCUUAAUUUAUCCGAUUCUAAUUUUAUGCUAUGCUGGUCAAGCUGCAUUUAUCUCCAAACACUUGAAUGCUUCUGAUAACUUUAAUCAUCUCAGUACAUCAAUGCCUAGAUCUAUCCGCCAUAUCUUUGUAGUAUUGUCUCUAAUUGCUUCAGCCGUUGGAAGCCAAGCUACCAUAACAGCCAGUUUCUCCAUCAUAAACCAGUGCCUCGCAUUUGGUUGUUUCCCCCGAGUAAAAGUUAUACAUACAUCAGAUAAGAAACAUGGGCAGGUCUAUAUUCCAGAUUUGAACUGGUUAUUGAUGAUUCUUAGCCUCACUGUUACAAUUGCUUUCCAUCAAGUUGUGCGAAUAGGAAGUGCAGCAGGUUUGGCAAUAGUUUCAGGAAUGUUAGUGACAACGUGCUUGAUGUCACUUGUAAUUGCACUGUACUGGGAAAGGAGCUUGUUUAUAUCUGCUUGCUUUUUGAUAUUUUUCGGCUUCAUUGAGGUCAUGUAUCUCUCGGCUUGUAUGCUGAAUUUUCACAAGGGAGCUUGGUUUCUAGUUGUCCUUUCUGCAGUGACCUUGACAAUCAUGCUUUCGUGGCAUUACGGAACCAAGAAAAAGUACGAGUUUGAUUUAGAAAACAAGGUAUCUACAGAGUGGCUCACAGAUCUUAGCCCAGGCCUCGGAGUUUCCAGGUUAUCCGGAAUUGGCUUUAUCUACACUGAUAUAGUCACAGGAAUUCCAGCUUUUUUCUCUCAUUUCAUAACUAAUCUUCCUGCAUUCCAUCAAGUGCUGAUCUUCGUGUCCUUCAAGUCACUACCAGUGCCUUAUGUGCCCUCAAGUCGGCGCUAUCUUGUAGGCAGGGUCGGGGUGAAAGAUUAUAAGAUAUAUCGCUGCAUUGUUAGAUAUGGUUAUUGUGAUCGCGUUAGGGACACAGAUGAUUUCGAGGAUCAAAUCAUUAAGUCAAUUGGAGAAUUCAUUUCUGUGGAAGAAAAUGAUUCGGAGUCCCUAACAUCAGCUGAAGGAAGAAUGAUUGUUAUUGGAAAGCCAUUGCCGGAUGGAAAUGCUUUAAUACCUUUGCAUGAAAGCUACUCCAAUGAUGAGCAUACAAACAACAACGAAAGUCAAACAAGCCCAUUGGCGGAUUCAUUCGAGAGGGAUUCUGCUCCUGCCAAGUGUAAAAAGGUCAGGUUUGCUUUGCCAGCAAAUAGUCCUAAAAUGCUGGUGUCAGUAAGAAAGGAACUACAAGAACUAAUAGACGCCAGAGAGAGCGGUACUGCAUAUUUCCUGGGGCAGUCGCAUUUAGCUGUGCGCAAUGGUUCCAACUUUCUGAAGCGUUUGCUUGUGAUGAUCUAUGUUUUUCUCGAUAAAAAUUGCAGAGAGCCUCCGGUGGCAUUGAACAUUCCUCAUGCUGCUCUUGUUGAGGUUGGUAUGGUUUAUACAAUAUGAAUUAUAAAGCAUAAAUUAACUUAGUAUUUUGGUUCGUUGUAUGUAAAUAAGGCGAAAAAUGUAACAAUCU